AUGAAUGUAGAAAUAGAAGAAGAAACUCUUCAAAUGGCUAAAGAUUUUCAAAAAUCUAAUCAAGAAGAAAUAUUAUUAAAGAAAUUAAAACCAUUUAGUGAAGGAUUAUUAAAGCCAAAUUCAAAUUUAUUAUAUAUAAGUGAAAAGGGAACUAGGAACAGAGUUAAAAUAUGCAAUGUUUUAAAUAUACCAAAAAGUGAAAAAGAAUUCAAUGAAGGAGUUAAAAAAAAUGUGUUUAUUGAUCAAAUAAUAACUGUGUGUGGUUGGAGUAAAGCUGUAAGAAAACAGGGAGGUGGAAGGUUUUGUUUUGUAAAUUUAAAUGAUGGUUCAUGUCAUUUAAACUUACAAGUAAUAGUUGAUCAACAUAUAGAUAAUUAUGACAAGUUAUUAAAAUGUGGUGUUGGGUGUUGUUUUCGUUUUACAGGGAAAUUAAUAUUAUCUCCUGUUCAGAAUGAAUCAAAUAAAGGUAUAUUAAAAGAAAAUGUUGAACUAACUUUAAAUGAUAACAGUGCUCAUAGUUUUGAGAUAUAUGGAGAAAAUUUAGAUCCUCAAAAAUAUCCACUUUCAAAAAAAAACCAUAGUAAAGAAUUUUUAAGAGAAGUAGCUCAUUUAAGACCACGUAGCUAUUUUAUUAGCUCUGUUAUGAGAAUAAGAAAUGCUCUUUCAAUAGCUACCCAUUUAUUUUUUCAAAGUAGAGGAUUCUUAUAUAUUCAUACGCCACUAAUUACAGCUUCAGAUUGUGAAGGAGGUGGAGAAAUGUUUACUGUAACAACUCUGUUAAAUGAAAAUGGAGAUAUUGAUUCUAUACCCAAAAUAAAAUGCAAAGAACUAAAAAAAGAAAAAAGAGAAGAUAAUAAUAUACAAAGUGAUGGAGACAAAUAUAUGAUUGAUUUUAAAAAAGAUUUUUUUAAUAGGCAAGCAUUUUUAACAGUGAGUGGACAACUUUCUGUAGAAAAUUUCUGUUCUUCUAUGGGAGAUGUUUAUACAUUUGGGCCUACUUUUAGGGCAGAAAAUUCACACACAUCAAGACAUUUAGCUGAAUUUUGGAUGAUAGAACCAGAAAUAGCUUUUUCUGAUUUAUAUGACAAUAUGGAGUUAGCAGAAUCAUACAUAAAAUAUUGUAUUGAAUAUGUAUUAAAUAAUAAUUAUCAUGAUAUAGUUUAUUUUGAAGAAAAUGUAGAAAAAGAUUUAAUUAAACGAUUAAAAAAUGUUUUAGAAGAAGAUUUUGCAAAAAUAACUUAUACUAAUGCUAUUGAUUUAUUAAUGAAAUAUUCAGAAUCUUUUGAAGUUCCAGUACAUUGGGGAAUGGAUUUACAAUCUGAACACGAAAGAUUUAUAGCUGAACGAAUAUUCAAAAAACCUGUUAUUGUAUAUAAUUAUCCAAAAGACUUAAAGGCUUUUUAUAUGAAAUUAAAUGAAGAUAAAAAGACAGUAGCAGCAAUGGAUGUUUUGGCUCCAAAAAUUGGUGAAAUUGUAGGUGGAUCUCAAAGAGAAGAUAACUUAGAAUUAUUAGAUAAAAUGAUUCAAGAAAAAAAAUUAAAUUUAGAUAAUUAUUGGUGGUAUAGACAAUUAAGAAAAUAUGGAUCUCAUCCUCAUUCAGGUUUUGGAUUAGGUUUUGAAAGAUUAAUUAUGUUAGUAACAGGAGUAGAUAAUAUUAAAGAUACUAUUCCUUUUCCUAGAUAUUCUGGACAUGCAGAAUUUUAA